GCUGACGUGUUUGUCAUCGACCCAGCUCAUUUUACACUGUUUUGCUUCAGGUGUUUGUUAAAUUUUUAUCUGCCAACGCAAACAUGCGGCGGGACAAAAAAGAUGAGGAGGCUAGUGGCAACAAUCCAUUUGCCUCUAUUGAUCGUGCAGCUGUUCUACAAGAGGCCAGAGUUUUCCACCAAACACCAAUUAAUCCACGGAGAUGCUGUGAUAUUUUGACAAAAAUUAUUUACCUGAUAAAUCAAGGUGAACAUUUUACAACGAAUGAGGCAACCGAUACUUUCUUCGCUAUGACGAAACUUUUCCAAAACAGCGAUGUUGUAAUGCGAAGAAUGUGUUACUUGACAAUUAAGGAAAUGGCUACCAUGACUGAGAAUGCAUUCAUUGUCACCCAAAGUUUAACCAAAGACAUGAAUGGACGUGAAGACAUCUUCAGGGCAGCUGCGGUUCGAGCACUUUGUACUAUAACUGAUGUUAGCACUUUGCAAGGUAUAGAAAGAUAUAUGAAACAAGCAAUUGUUGAUAAGGUUAACUCUGUUUCAAGUGCAGCUCUUGUUUCUGCUUUGCACCUGGCACGCAAAGCACCAGAUGUUGUGAAAAGAUGGGUGAAUGAAGCACAAGAAGCAUGUUCCAGUGACAAUGUUAUGGUUCAGUAUCAUGCACUGGGAUUGUUGUAUUAUUUGAGAAAGAAUGAUCGUCUCGGAACAUCGAAAAUGGUGACCAAAUUCAUGAAAGGUGGAUUGAAAUCCCCAUUUGCAUAUUGCAUGCUUAUUCGCAUUGCAAGCAAAUUGCUUGAAGAAGAUGAUGCUGGUCACGAUAGCCCACUAUUUGAUUUCAUUGAAAGUUGUCUGCGCAACAAGCAUGAAAUUGUUAUUUAUGAAGCGGCUUCGGCUAUUGUAAAUAUGCCCAACUGUACAGCAAGAGAACUCGCUCCAGCAGUGUCAGUGCUUCAGUUAUUUCUCAGUUCUCCAAAGGCUUCAUUUCGUUAUGCUGGUGUUAGAACCUUGAAUAAGGUUGCAAUGAAACAUCCUUCAGCAGUUACAGCAUGUAAUUUGGAUUUGGAGAAUUUGAUCACAGAUGUUAAUCGAAGCAUCGCAACAUUGGCAAUCACUACUUUGCUGAAAACCGGUAGUGAAAGCAGUGUGGAUCGUUUGAUGAAACAAAUCACUUCGUUCAUGUCUGAAAUUUCAGAUGAGUUUAAAGUUGUUGUAGUCCAAGCUAUUUCUGCUCUUUGUCAGAAGUAUCCUAGAAAGCAUGCGGUUAUGAUGAACUAUUUAUCAUCGAUGCUGAGAGAUGAAGGUGGCUUUGAAUACAAGAAAUCCAUUGUUGAAUGCAUUAUUGCCAUAAUCGAAGAAUCUCCAGAUUCUAAAGAAUCUGGUCUUGAACAUCUCUGCGAGUUCAUUGAAGAUUGUGAGCAUACAGUUCUUGCCACAAAGAUUAUCAGUCUUCUGGGAAGAGAAGGACCAAAGACAGCAAACCCAUCAAAAUAUAUUCGAUUCAUUUAUAAUCGUGUGAUUUUAGAAAACGAAGCUGUCAGAGCGGCUGCUGUAGCUGCACUCGCUAAAUUCGGUGCUCAUUGUGACGAUCUUUUGCCAAGUAUUCUUACUCUUUUGUCACGAUCUAUGUUAGAUGAAGAUGAUGAAGUUCGUGACAGAGCAACUUUUUUCCAUCAUGUGCUGGAACAAAAACAGAAAUCUCUCAAUUCUGCAUACAUUCUGAAUGGUUUGACAGUUUCAAUUCCAGCUCUGGAACGUUGUCUUUAUCAGUACACACGAGAACCUUCUGAGGAACCUUUCAAUAUGAAAUCUGUGCCAUUGAAAACGAUCGCCCCUGAAAGAAAACCAGAAAAUAUAAUUUCCAGCAAACCAAAAGAGAAAACUGCUGCUUCAAGACAAGAGAUUUAUGCUGAACAACUUUCAAGAAUUAAGGAAUUUGCAGUUUUGGGAUCAUUGUUCAAAUCAUCACAGCCUGUAGAACUUACAGAGUCUGAAACUGAAUAUGUUGUAUCAUGCGUGAAACACACAUUUGGAAAACACAUUGUUUUUCAGUUUGAUUGCACAAACACUUUGAAUGAUCAAGUUUUAGAAAGUGUCACAGUGCAGAUGGAACCGAGUGAUGGAUUUGAAGUUAUAGCAUAUGUUCCAUGUCCAUCUUUGGCAUAUAAUGUACCUGGGGUUACCUACACUUGUGUAGCAAUGCCAGACGAAGAUCCAACGGAAGUGACUACAGCGCUAUCUUGUGUGAUGAAGUUUACCAUCAAAGAUUGCGAUCCGAAUACGGGUGAAACUGACGAAGAGGGCUAUGAUGAUGAAUAUCUACUAGAAGAUGUUGAAGUCAUCGUAGCAGAUCAUGUGCAGAAAGUUUUGAAACCUAAUUUUGGAGCGUCAUGGGAUGAAGUUGGUGAUGAGAAUGAAUUGGAAGAUACAUAUGCUUUGUCGACAAUGAAUACUCUUGAGGAAGCUGUACAAAACAUUAUAAAACAUCUUGGAAUGCAGGCCUGUGAAAGAUCAGAUAAAAUACAGGAGGGUAAAUCUUCCCAUACGUUGUACUUAGCUGGUGUGUAUCGAGGUGGACACGAAGUUCUUGGAAGAGCCAAACUUAUAUUGAAAGAUGGAGUCACAAUGCAAUUGACUGUUCGUAGUACUGAUAGUACAGCUGCCGAAGUGAUAACUUCUGCUGUAGCUUAGUAAAAAUGUAUGUUUGACUGAAUAUCUAAUUCUAUUGAGACAGUAGGAUUGCAUAUAAAUAUUUGUUUUUGAUUAAACUGCAAUAUUGAAGUCACUUACAAUUUAUUCUUCUGGCAUAAUCUAUCAGACUGGCCGUCAUUUGUUAUUCCUGUUACUUCUUUUUGACAGGGGCCCAGGGGUCUAAAAUGCUUCUCCCUAAUUCCUUUGCUAAACAUGAUUUCUUCCCGUUAGAUAUUAUUAUCUGCAUCUGCAUGUUUUUUACAUCUCCUCACUUUAAAUAGUCAAUUAUAAAAUGUACUAUAUAGCAGGGCUACUCAACUGGCGGACCGCGGUCCGAAUCCGGACCUUUUGGGUAUUCGAUUCGGACCGCGCCUAAUUCUUUAUUUUGGUUUAUCAGCCCCACUUUUGAAAUUUUCUUCUAUAAAAUCAC